AUGUGGCCAGUGCCAAUCCCCGGGCCCCUCCCGCGCCCAGAGCCGGGGGCCCGGCUUGCCUCCCGGCCACUCCUCGUCCUGCCGCCUUCCCGGGGGCCCAGCACCGUGGACACGGCCCCAAGGGCUCCCGACGGCACCCCUCUCCAGGCCGUGACCCCCCCCUCAGACCUCCAACACAGCUGCGGCUUACCGCCCAACAGGAGCGGAGGCGACGGGCACCUUCGGGGCCGGGGAGGGGGUGGGGGUGGGGAGAAAGGACCCAGGGCCGUGCCGCUGGAGCCUGACCACCUACCUGGCUCGGGGGUGCUGGAUCCAGUGGUCCUGAGUGCUCAUGGCCCGGAGCUCCCUGGAGGGCUGAGCCUCCAGGGAGAAUCCCAAGACUCCAGCCUCAGCGCUGACCAAUCAGCAAGCUCCGGGGAGCCCCGGGGACCCCGGGACCCCAGCUCGGUGGCGCCUUCCGCUGGUCUGGCCGAGGGGACCGGGGUCCCCCUGGCCUUUCCCAGGACCCCUCCUCAAAUGCCCCGCUCCACGGCCCUGGGCCAAAGGCGGCAACCUCUGGUCUUUGCCUCUGGCCCGUUCCUUCCCCAGCCGCUCAGAGAGGGCCGCGCCCCCGCGGCUUCCCCGCGCCCGACUCCGCCUAGCAUCGGGGCUGGCCGCCCAGGCCGCAGUGGUCAGAACGCAGAGCCUCCGGUCCCCCCGAGGCCCCAGAUCCUCCCGCGCUCCCCGAGCCCACCCCCGGGGACCCGACGCCUCGCUCUCGUCUACUCUGGGGCCACGCGCCCGCCAGGUGGCGGGCCACAGAAGCCCUGCGAGGGUCGAGGACGCGCUCAGGAGAACCCCGAAGUCCAGGGCCGGAAUGAGGAAAGGAAAGGUGGCGGAGGCCCCCAACCGGGAAGACGUAGAGGCCGAGUCGACUGUCGGGGCCUAGGCCUGGAAGAGUGUGGCCACUGCCUGCCACUGGGCGAUGUGGCCAGUGCCAAUCCCCGGGCCCCUCCCGCGCCCAGAGCCGGGGGCCCGGCUUGCCUCCCGGCCACUCCUCGUCCUGCCGCCUUCCCGGGGGCCCAGCACCGUGGACACGGCCCCAAGGGCUCCCGACGGCACCCCUCUCCAGGCCGUGACCCCCCCUCAGACCUCCAACACAGCUGCGGCUUACCGCCCAACAGGAGCGGAGGCGACGGGCACCUUCGGGGCCGGGGAGGGGGUGGGGGUGGGGAGAAAGGACCCAGGGCCGUGCCGCUGGAGCCUGACCACCUACCUGGCUCGGGGGUGCUGGAUCCAGUGGUCCUGAGUGCUCAUGGCCCGGAGCUCCCUGGAGGGCUGAGCCUCCAGGGAGAAUCCCAAGACUCCAGCCUCAGCGCUGACCAAUCAGCAAGCUCCGGGGAGCCCCGGGGACCCCGGGACCCCAGCUCGGUGGCGCCUUCCGCUGGUCUGGGAAGCACCCCACGUGCUCCCCCACCCCGCCUGGCCCAGGCCCUGCCUGUGCAUUCCAAGCCUACCGACCUCUUCCUCAUUCCAGGACAUUCCCUAGGAGGCAAGCCCCAGGGCGAGCUCCGAGUCAGGCAGCAGCGCGCGCUCCUGGCGGCUCCCGGCCCAGGCCACCAGGAACGGGAAGCCCCGUCCAGCCCUUUCCGACUCUUCCUCUCGGGGACGCGCAACCCCAGCCAGAGCUGGAGUCGGGAGACAGGAGUUCAAUCCCAGGCGUCGGAAGCCUGGCCCGUCUGCCCCCGGGUGUCGGGCUCCCGGGCCACCGGGCAGGCGGAGGCGGCGGGCACCCCCGUCUCCGCACCCCCGUCUCCACGCGGAGGUCGCUCCCGAUGGACGGCCAGCACGCAGCGGGCCGGCGGAGCCCCCAAGUGGGGCGGCAGCGGGGUCUGCACGCACCGUCCAGCCGCCGUCCGCCCCCGCUCCCCGCCCCUCCUCCCUGCCCCUCCUCCCCGCUCUUCGCACUUCUUGGGUGCCCUGUCUGCCCAGUCACCCUCGGAUCCCAACCCCUUGUCACCUGGACCUGGGAUCCGGGCUCGGCCGGGCGCCUCUCACCAGCUCCCCAACCUCUGCGAGGCCACGGGCAGAACGGGAGUCACCGCCAGCUCCAAGAAGCCUGUGAACCCAGCGGUUCUGUCUUUGGUACCGUGGGGCGGAGCCCUCUCCACCCACCGGGCCCCGUGGGACGCGGGGGGGCGGGGGGCGAUGCCAGUGAGGGAUGGGGGUGUGCAGAAGGCCGUCCGUCCUCCCUCCCCCUUCCCACCUUCUCCGCUGGAGCCCUUCAACUGCUCUGCGGGGAGCCCGGGGCACCGGGCCCGGCGGAACCAGACGCUGCGGGGUGCCGUCCCUGGGGGAGCAAGUGGCGGUUGA